UAAUGUUUUGAUCGGAACAGAAGAGCGGUGUUUUGACCCACGACUACGCUGCCUCACUGUCACCCAGUUGCCCUGCUGCAGGGGCUCUGUUGCCGGGAACCGAACAAUGUACAGGAAGCCCUGGGCUAGGCGCAUCCAAAGCCGUAUCUAGAGCCCUAACAUUCUAACUGUCCUCAAUUAAAGUUUGGAUGUGUGUCUCUAAUUCUGAAAUCUUCUCUGUCAGCCUAACUAUUUCCCUGCAUUUAUCACAUGUGAAUCCCUCAUCUGUGACAGAGAUAGACAAAACUGUACAUGUGUCAAGAGAUGCAAAUAAACAAUAGCAGGAGAAGCCAUUACUCACCGUGCUUGAUGAAAUGUUCUUACUGCGGUUGUUUGAUGAACUUGUGAAAAAACUGGAGUGAGAGAGAGGAGAGGAGAAAAGAAAAAAGCGAUAGGUUCGAAUGAAAACGCUAAUGACAAGCUAACGAGUGCUAACGCUUUGCAGGUGUACUGCACUCACGGAUAUAAAAUUAAAGUGAACGAUCAAAAUUAAUCUGAUAAGACUGAUCGAUAAUAUCAGAAAUAUGCCAUCCCAUUGGAGUAAUGGUUUUUAUACUGUACAAACUGUAUAUUCUAUGGCCCUACACCAACCCUAACCCUCACAGUAAACUUUGUGCAGUUUUACUUUCUCAAAAAAACUAAUUCUCUAUGGUUUAUAAGGGUUUUGAAAAAUGGGGACAUGGGUUAUGUCCUCAUAAGUCACCCUCUCCUUGUAAUACCUGUGUCAUACCCAUGUCAUCAUUAUACAAAGUGGUGUCCUGAUAUGUCACAAAAACACGCCCACACACAGUUAACUCUCAUAUAUUAUGUUAACAAAUAACUAAAACCUUUAUUUUGAAGGCAAUUAAACACGAUUAAUCAUUUGACAGCAUAUGUACUGUAUAUAUUUAUGUUCCUGUUACAUUUAAUGGUUUCACAUUUUCUUGGUUAAACAUUACAAAAGAGAGAAAAAAAUAUAUUUAUAUAUAUUUAUAUUAUUUUAGUUUAUUUUAUAUUUAAAAUAAUAAUUAUACAUUUCAUAAUGUGUUUUAUGCAUUUUAAUAUUUAUUCCAUAAUAAUAGUCAGUAAAAAUUUGAACAAUAUUUUUGAACAAUAUUCUGCACCUUAGUAUUGUAUAACAUUAUAAAACAGUAGGCAUUAAUAGCAACUGAGUGUAAACUGGGUGUAAAUGGAUGACAAAAUAAGAAUAAAUAUAAGGCAAUAUAAACCCUCUCUAUGCCUAUCCUAUGCAAUAUGAGAUUUGAAAAUGGAGAAAGAAAAGUUCGGUAGGCCUAAAGGGAUGAAACCCAGGUCGAUCACAUUAAAAAUUACUUUGCAUGUGCUUUACUAUAUGAAGGCAGUCUAUUUGCACUUUGCACUCAGUUUUUUUAAUAGUGAACUGAUGUUCAGCUGUUCUUUUUUAAUAGUCAACUUAUUUUCAGGUUAUCAUCAUAAAAGCCCUGUUAACACUGUCACAGACUAGAAGAUACAUCUUUCAUUUCAUCAAGCUGAAUUCUCACACAGCAGUAAAGUGCCCUUUCGGUGAGGUCUAUGUGUCCCUGGACCAUGGUUUUUACGGAGGGGGUAGACAACAUGAAUACAUGCCUCCACCUAGUGGACUCUCUAGGAUUAUGUAAACUAGUUAUCAGAUGUGUGGUGUACUGCUGCUGUGUGGAAUAACUGUAACUCUAAUCAUGAUGUGCUGUAUUUAUUUGGAUUUUUAGUUUUCCAGAAGAAAAAGUCACAAGGAGAUUCUGAAACACUGUACUCUUUUCCCACAAGACAGGGGAGGCAGAGGGACAGCAUCUCAACCACGUAUGACACCUUUAUGCCCAGUCAGCCACCAGGACUGGACGAGCUGAUAAAACUUCAGCAGGAGGUGAAGAUGGGCUCUCUGAGUAUAGAUGAUGCUUUGGAUCGAUUCAAUGACUGGCAGAGGCUUCAGAAGGGAAUGGACAGCAUCCAACAGGAGAAAAUACAGCAGCUGAGGGCUAGUAUCAUCAGCAACAGAGAGGAUGAUGAAAGUGUCUAUGAUAAAAUCAGCAUCAUCCAUCACACACCAACUGCAUCUGCAAAUGAGUGUCGAAGAGCGAGUCAGCAAGCGGACACUGAGUUCUACAGUAAACCUAUAAAAGGACAUAAUUCAAAUUUAUUUAGGAAGGCAGACAAACAGUAAAAACAGACAUCCUGAUUGUGGAAGCACUGAUCUGUCAAAGAAAUUUAUUAAACAAUAUAGUGUACAUUAAUAUCAACAAUUUCAUGGCAAUUCGUAACUAUUUUACAUGCUAAUUGUGGCUUAUUUGUAUGUGUUUUUAUGAUCAUGUUUGUACAAGUUCAUAUGAUUGGCUGGCAGUUUAGGUUUACUUAUUCAUACGGAAUAAAUUUUUUCAUUGAAUAAGGUUGCUUAAUAUCCAGUGUCAGAGCAAUAAUAAACAAUUAUUCACUUGUAUUUAUAUUACACUAAGCUAAUACUUUAGAAUAGGAACAUCUAUUCACUAUUAACUAAUUGCUUAUUAGCAUGCAUACUCAUAACAUAUUGCCUAUUAAUUAACCUACUAUCAGUAAGCAUCAAAUUGGGAUUUUAUUGAGAGAAAACUCUUAGCAAAUAGUGAAUAUGUGUUCCCUAAUCUAAAGUGUUACUUCCACUGUUUAAUUCUCCCACUACUUCUUUUUAAAUGACUACUCAAGAUUGUGUUGUACAUUUUCAUACAGAGAUCUUUUUGUAUCCUUUACUGCCCCCCCCCCCC